GAAAGUAUCAAAGAAGGUUAUCAUCUCAUCUCAUAUCAUAAUCAAUGCCGGCACCAGUAAACAAGAUCACUAUAAUGACGACAAGACUUUAACUCUAUAUAUGACAUAACUAUUAUUUUGCCCGGUUGGCGCAAUUGAUGUUAAGAAUCACGCAGUCGAUGCCGCCAGAGUCAAUCUGGAAGGUAGAAUUGCAUCCCAAGAUGUUCGCUGCUUGGCGAUUUCUCCAAAAUGAAGCAAAAAACCUACAUCGCCCCCCAAUGAUUUAUAUUCGCACCAAUUACGAAUCUUUGAAAGAGAACAGUUCAUUUUCCAAUGCUACCGCGUAGUGCUAAGUGCUGAACUCGCCAUCAGGGAUCAUAUCACCUUAUUGUUUGUUCAUGGUAAGCAAGCCAAGCCCUGACUGUAUAUAUAUACCUUACCUACCUACCUACCUAGGUAUUGUACCUUAUAUAUACGCAGGUGCUUUGCAGGAUUUCUCUUUUCGCUUCAUAAGCUCUUGAUUUGCUGCUUCGUUCUUCGCAAUGAGGUUUUCUCUAUUAGUUCCAAUUCUAGCUUCGCUCGUUGCAAGCGUUCCAAUAUCUCCUAGGAACGAUGUCGUAUCCUAUGAUGGAUACAAGGUCUUGCGGAUAAACACGCAUGGGCACCCAUCGUCUACCAAAGAGAAACUCUCGGGAAUACUUUACGAACAGUGGAACCGAGAUGUCUACAAGCACCUAGAUAUCCUCAUUUCCCCUGAUCAGGUUGCCACGUUCGAAGCACUUGACCUUGACUAUGAAGUCAUGCACGAGAACCUGGGAGACUCGAUCGCAUCCGAGUCUAUUUCUAACUCUGUCUGGAAAAGACAGACUGGGGACCUCUCGUGGUAUGAUUCGUACCACGACUAUCAGGAUCAUAUCCAAUAUUUCGAGGAUUUGCAAAAGUCAUUCCCAAACAACUCAGAGCUCAUUUCAUCUGGCACCUCUUAUGAGGGGAGAAAUAUAUACGGUCUCCAUCUAUGGGGCGCGAGUGGACCCGGAAAACCGGCAGUGCUUUACCAUGGAAAUGUGCAUGCGAGAGAAUGGAUUACAUCGCCGGUCGUCGAGUAUAUAACGCUCCAGCUAGUUAAUGGCUACAGUGGCGGCGACAAUCUCACUCGUUCCUUUUUGGAUAAGUAUGACUUCUACAUUAUACCAAUUGUGAACCCGGACGGUUUUGUGUAUUCUCAAACAACUGAUCGCUUGUGGCGUAAAAACCGCCAACCACCACCUGGGAACCAGUCUUGCAUUGGUCGGGACAUUAACCGUAAUUGGGAAUUUGCAUGGGAUGCGAACCCAUUAGGCGCCUCCACAAACCCAUGCUCGCAGAGCUACAAGGGCGAGGCACCUUCUGACACACCGGAGAACCAGGGUUUAGAUAAACUUGUACGUCAGUUACGCGAUGGCGCGGGCAUCAAGCUAUACAUAGACUGGCACAGUUAUGGGCAAUAUAUUCUAUCGCCGUUUGGGUACAAGGAGACGCUAUAUGCGCCCGAACUUGGCAAGUGGACCAAGGCAGCUGGCAUAGUCAGUGAAACGAUUCGGGAUAGUUCAGACGCGCGAACUACCUUUACUUUCGGACCUAGCGGAGCGACUCUGUAUCCAACGACAGGUGCGGCGCCUGACCACGUUUACAGCAUUGGAUAUGCCGAGUUCUCCUAUACCAUCGAACUCCGGGACACGGGCAGAUUUGGUUUCGUACUGCCUCCCGAGCAAAUUAGGCCUACCGCUGAAGAACAGUGGGAGGGACAAAAGGCUUUGCUGGGUUUACUGGACGAGGAGUUCUUCGAUGGUGAGGGCCCGGCUUGACCAUCAGGGGAGCGAAAGCUACUGGAAGGAGCUCGAUAAUAUACUCGUAUAGUUAUAAUACUAUAAUGUAUACCUAGACUAGGUAGUCUAGGUAAAAUUGACUAAUUGAAAACAUGAUCGGAAUAA